UUUAUUCCUUACCCGUUUACUUGAAUGUUUAGGUAGCCUCUCGGUUACAGAGCAUUUGGUCUGACAGUGAUAGCCCGCAUUUUUCUCGAGACUUCUCGGUUUGCUUCUCGAGCCUUUGCUACUCUUCUCCUUGAGGCCGCUUCACAACAGGCGUUGAGGCUCACCCCUGGCGGCAACCAUCUUGUACGGAAAGAGGAAGCCGCCAUGAUGAGCCGUACAGAUGCCCGCCUUCAUUCGGCGAACGAGGCGCAUGCGCACGACCUGGCGGUUAAUUUGAAUUCGGCGGCGUCCUGACGGCAUUCGAAACAUUCGGUGUCGAGCAGGGAGAUUGAGUCAGGUUUUUUUUUUAACCUCCGCUGUGGAAACAUUGCCUUCGAGUCUUAGAGGGAGAGCGGGAAGGGACGCGGUUCCAAGAGUGGCAACUGGCGUUAAACAAAAUGGACAGAACUCAUUCUGAAACGAAUGAAGAAAAAGACUUCACAGAUCGUACAAAUAAAAGAUAUUCCUCAAUUUUAAAAGCUCCCAGAACUCCUCUUCGAGAUUUAGGGAGUGGAAAUGAAUUAAUUCAGGAAUGCAUUGUUGAGAAACAUCAGAAAAACUCUAGGCGUGUCAGUUUUGCUGAUACCAUAAGGAUCUUUCCACCAGAUCCUCAAGCCACUGUGGAACUAAACCAUGCAGGGACAACAGAAGAACCAAGACAUCAAAACGUAAUCACUAAAAAUGAAGAACUAGAGGUUGUCCCAUGUGAAAUCACUGGAAUGAAUACUUUACUUCAUGCUCCCAUCCAGACACCUUUGCAACAGAUGGAGGUUUUUUAUGCAAACAGUGGUCUAGAAUGGAACAAAAUAGAUAAAACACUAAUCUUUUCAGAAGAAAAUGAAAUGGAUAUGACAUCUGGUCACACUAUACUGAUUACCCAUGACAUUAAAAACUGUCAAGAAAAUGACAACAGUGGAAAAAUAGACUUCAAAUCAUUUUCAGAUGAUUUAAAAUCAAAGAAGGAGGCCUCACAAGUGAAUAAAUUCAACUUCUUCAGUGGUCCUACAUUUAUGAAUAACACCUGCUCAUCUCAGCACAAGAGAAAAAGUGAAAACACACAGAAAGUUAACUUUGGUGACUUUUUAAAAAGUUUGAAGUCCACUAAACAACUUCCCACACUGACUGCUGAUAUUGUUGCUUCUGAGGAUAAUGUAUUGCGGGAGGAAAAUAAUACGAUCACUACUUCUAAAGGACUAAAUGAUCUUAAGCGAAACUAUUUAAAUCCUGUUUUAUCUAAUAAGGGCAUCUCAUUUGCUUCAAAGCAGUUAAGAUUUCAAGAAAUGAGUCCACCUGCUCAAGAGGAAAGUGUGGAGAUGUUUACUGCUAACGGAGAAAGAAGUUUGCCACUUGGAACUAGCGUAUGCAAUAUUGUGAGUGAACAAGAAAAUUGCAGAAGAGAUGUUUCAAAUUAUCAAAUUGGUGUUCAGCUGGACCCAAGUAUGUGUAUUAAUGAAAAAACUAAGAAUACAACAGAAACCAAUACUAACCUAAAGAAUAGUAUUAUGGCAACCAAGAAUGAUAACUCACUGCCUUGUUACAGAACUAGUACCAUGGCUGUGGCAACUGGAUCUGUCACUUCUAUGCCUGUUCAUUCUAAAGAUGCAACAACUACAUUUUCGAGAAUCUCUACAACUAUGGAACUAACAAGGAAUGACACACGUUUAAUAUGGGAAGACAGUUCCAAGAAAAUAUAUCCUAUUCAUGGAGAUCCUGAAAAAGGGAAGACUGAUGUUUCCAAGCUUGAGAGAACAACUUGUAGGGAGGACUGUAUGGACAUUUCUACAAAUUAUUUUCUAAAAAAUACUCAGUAUUCUAUAUUCUCCAAUGAAAAAGCUGUUCCUAACGAAGAGGUUACCUGUAAUAAUAUGGGACAACUAAAUCAAAGAAUAAAACCUGUUCCUCAGGUGUCAUGCCUUCCUGAGAAGAAGGAAAAUGAUUGUUUCCAUUGUGAUGAACCACAAAGAUCAUCUGUCGUCUUUUCAAAAAAUGGAAUCUUAAAUAGCAGUUUUGUUUCCAAGAGUUCUAGAAAGCAAAGAGAGAGUCAGAUUCUUUCACCGGCUGAUGAUGACAGGGCUCAGACAUCAGAAAUACACAGUAAAAUUAAUAGCACAAGCGGGCUUUCAAACAAUUCAAUAUCCUUAAUUCCUGAAGAUAAAACUGCUACACCCAUUUUCAGUCAAAACAUGGAAAUAACUAAAUGCACAACAAACUCGACAAAUAACAAUCCAGAUGUUGCUGAAUUCCAGAGAAUGCCACAGGAAGAGUGGGAAACUAAUACAAGAAGUAUGACCAGAUCAGAUAGCAAUAAGACUGUUGUAUUUUCCUUGACAGGAUACAAUGAAAUGGAGAUUACCAAGAGCCACACCGUACCAGUAAACUUUGAUAUGCAGCAAUGUGGAAGAACUGCUCAACCACUCUCCUUACAACAUAUAGAUAGAACUGUGUACCAUACUGAUAUGGAUGAAACAAAAGCCAUAACUGGCAUAAUAGAUCAGCCUAUGGAAAAUGCCAGAAGUCCAGAAAUGCACAAAGAGAUUAAUGAGUCUGUUAGAAGGACAUUGACUGGGUCAACCAAGGAUAGAACUACUGUAUUUUCCCUCAGUGAUGAGAAUGAAAUGGAAAUUAGCAGAAGCCACACACUGGCGCUAGAUCAUAAUGCUGUCACCCAAGGUGAGCAUAUGGACAUAACUAAUCCAGUUGUUAGUCUAACUGAUAAAUCCCUGAGAAAUGCAACUGACUCCAUUGCUGUAGUAGAACAAAAAGUAAACCCUGGUAAGAGAAUAAAUGGAUUGUCUAGUGGAAAGAUUAUGCAUUCCCAGAAUGAAGACAAUGAAAUGAAACUUACAGAGAGCCUUUUGGUGACAGUAGAGGGAGCUCCUCAAACACUGUCCUCACUUCUGCCAGAGAAAACCAUGUCUGUACAUAGCAGUAUGGCAAAAAGUAAAACCAUACCUUUUGUUGUAGCAGAUAAAACUGUGCUUUUUAUGCACAACAAUGACAUGGAAAUAACUAAACCACUAACAUGCAUAUCUAUGCAGGAUAAUGGUUCAAAGAAUAUGGAAUGCAGCAUACAAGAAACUAGCAAGAGAAUUUUAUCAAGAAAAUCCAAGGAAGAGAAACCUAUACAAUUGCAGGCAAUCAAUGAUAUGGAGAUUACAAGGAGCCAUACAGUAGCAGUAAACCAUGAUAUUCUCCAGCAGGCCCAGUUAAAUACUCAAGGGCUGAUUUCAGCUCUUGUAGAUAAAACAAAUAUGCCUGUACUCAGUAGUGGCACAACCAUAACUCAAUCUACAGUUCCUGUUCCUGUAGAUAAAACUGUGUUAUUUAUGCACAAUGACGACAUGGAAAUAACAAAAUCAGUAUCAGAUGCAUUUCUGAAAAACAGCUUUUCUUCAUAUUUGCCACAGAAGGGAAAAGAGGCUAAAGAAAUCACAUUGUCGGGAUCAGUUAAAGACAACUCUUCUGUUCUUUCACUGUGCUAUGAUGAAAUGGAAAUUACAAAGUGCCAUACAGUGGCAGUUAACUAUGACAGUUUUCCCAAAUGUGAAAAACUUCCCCAAGACCUGUUUUGUCAGGAUAAUAUAGACAUUACAGAAUCUCAUACUGUUUCUGAAAACACUAGAGAAAAUUUGCAUAAGAAUGCCACAGAACUUGGAAAGAAUGCUGAAUGGGACCUUUCUUCAAAAAGUAUGGUGGCAUUAGCAGUAGUUGAUAUGAAUGUCAGUGAAAAACAUAUAAUUUCACUUGAUUGCAAAAGAAGCAUACAUAACCUACCAGAUAGCUAUGACAAGCCCCUUUUUUCUGUCACAUCUUACCAGGAUGGCACAAAAGUCACUAACUUGCCAACUAAUACUGUCGAUAGUGGGGAUCUGGAAGAAUCUGAGAGAAACAAAAUGCCAAAUAAAAGUAUACAGCAAAAUUUGAUUAAAGUACUUCCCCUUGUCUAUGGUGGAAAAACAAAAGAUACAGAAUCUGCAGAAAAUCACACCGUUUCUAUAUAUGGCUCUAAUAACAAUGUGCCUGAUGUUGAAAACCAAGUACAAAACUCUUUCACAAACUCAAGAGGUGGUGAGAAUAUGGAUGUGACAAGAAACUACACAACAGAAAUUGAAUGUAUGCAUAUAAAUAAUAAUGAAUGCUACUUACAUUCCCAGGCCAAAUCUAACUCUGAAUUUUCUGCUUCAGCUAUCACAUGUGAAAAGAAAUUAAAUAUUUCCCAAACUGUAAAGGAUAAAUAUUCCACUUGUUCAGAAACAGAGAUGCUACUUAUUCCCCAAGAGCAACAUAAUUUCUUGAAAAUUAAAGAUAACCAGCUAAAAUCCAGCAUAUCUGAAAUUAAUGAUUUUGGAAAAGAUGCUACAUUAAAGGCUGUUUCUAAUAAAGAAAAUGAUUUUAUGUUUCCAGUUAAUAUGCAAAACUUAGAUCCAAAGUUAUCUGAAGAAGCUUUCCAUGAUUUAAACACAAAUAGAAUGUACAUACCACUGAGUGAAAACAAGAAUUCAAAAGGUGAUCCAAAGAAGUUGUCUUGGCAAAGACAUGAAUACCCUGGAGAAACUAGUGAUCUUUCAGAUGAUGGCAAAAUAACUAAUAGUUAUGAAGCUAUGUCUGGUGAAUUGAAUAACUAUAGCAAGGAUUGGCAAAAUUUAGAAUCCCUUCCCGUCAACACAUUUCCUUCAGAAGAGAAGCCCGUCCUUUUACCUAAAAUAUCUGGUGCUGCCAAUAUCUGUUCAAAGCGUAAAGAUAGAAGGAAGAAGUCAGAGCCUGAUUUAAUCUGUCAAGAUGUAGAAUCCUGUUUGGGGGAUGCAUUGCCAGAGCUGACAGUGAAAUCAGAUAGUCCUUCAGUUUUGAAGGAGGAUGCUAAGGAGUCCAAUAUUUCUUCUAAAAAAUUGACUAACACUGGUUUUACUGAAAAUGCUCCUUUCAAAGUACCCAUAAAUGCAGUAUGCACAAAUAGCUGUGAAAUUAAAAAAGUACCCUUAGGUAUCUUUCCACCUAAACUGCCAAAUAAAAGAAAGUCUUCUCUAUCUAAUGCAGAAGCCAUUGACGCCAAAUCAGAAAAGAGAACAGAAAUUGAUGAUUCACAAAACGGUCUCAUUGUUAAAAGUCCAUCAGAUAAAAUUGCAAACUUGAGUCCAUCCAAUUAUAUAAAUGAAGAGUUGCUUCCUGCAUAUGUAGAGGAAAUGGAUUCUGAUGAGUCUCUAAAUUGUAAUGCAUCGGAAAAGGUUUGUGAGGUGAUAAAAGAAAAAGAGAUUGCUGAAAAGGAAGGCUACCUAUCUGAAAUGUAUGAAACUAAUAAGAGGCAGAGAGUUUUGAAUGAAGAGGAGGAACUUCAAAAAGAAAAAAAAUUCAAGGGAAAUCAGGACUUGAAUGAUGCUGCAGAUUUGCCGCAGUCCCAUGUGAGCGCUAUGGUAACUCAUAAACAAGCAAAAACCUUUAAGGGUAAAAAUGUUCCAGAAAUGUCACUGGAGAAGACAGAAAGCAGCAACAGCAGCUCUUUAGGUUCAGUUAAGGCUGAUGCAGACUUCAGCAUUCAGCGGAAUACUGAAAUGGAAACUCAGCUUCUCUUAGACAGUAUUUGUGAACAAAAUUUGCGGGAGAAACUGCAGGAAGGUACUAUAACAGUCCGUGAAUUUUUCACACUUCUUGAAGUCCAUGUUCUGAUACAAAAACCUCGCCAGAGUCAGCUCCCAUUCAAAUAUGAAGUCAACACACUUCCUACCCUGGAAGAUGAGAUUCUCAGCCAAUACAUAUAUCAUCCAAAGUUGCAGGCUUAUGAGGAAGACUGUCAGGGCCUCUACAAGACAAUAGAAGAAUUAAAGUCACAUGCAGUUGACCAAGAUAAACUUCUGGUGAAUGUCCAUAAAAGUCUAUGGGAAGUAAUGAGAACCUGUUCUGAUGAAGAGCUGAAAGGCUUUGGAGCAGAAUUGAACAAAAUGAAAUCCUGUUUCACCAAGAAGAGUAAAGUUCUUGCUCAUAGAAGAAAAGCAAAAUUAUAUGCCAAGUUGGUGCAGAACGCACAGUUUCAGUGGGAAAAGCUACAAUCAAGACUAGGUAAAAUAGAUGAGCUUUUGAAAGAAACAGAUAGCUGCCUUGUUGCUCUGGAGACAGAAAUUGCUUUGAUAGAAGAUUGUGACCUGAAUGCCUACAAUGCCAUGUCAGAAUAUGAGUCCAAACUAAGAAAUGCUGAAAGAGAGCUGGAAAAUCUCAGAGCCCAAGAUGAAACUUUUCAAAGAACCCAAUCAAAUCUCAAAGAUAAAAAGAAACAAAUAGCUUCUGAGAUAUGCCAUAUCCAGAAAGAUAUAAAAAAUUCUCAGGAGCUGGUAGAGAAAUACAACUUCUCUGAAUGGGUAAUAAAAGAAUGGAAUGAUAAUCAGGCAGUUUUCACUUUCCUUUAUGAUUCUGUUGAGCUCACUGUUGGGCUUGCAUGCCCUCUAGGUGAUGCCAUUUUCAGCAGUAAGAUUGUUAGUGUGAACUUUGAAUCGCUCUUGGACGAAGCAAAAGCUUUGCCUUCAGCAAAACUUGUGCAUAGACUCAUUUUCCAGUUCAUUAACAGUCAAGGUUCAUGGCAAGAGAAAUGCUUAACAGUACCUCAUCUUUCUCAGAUGCUACAUGAUGUCUCUCUUGUGGUGAGUCGCUGUCAAUUUUUGGAAGAUGAGAUCGAGUUUUUGAAAAGAUGGGGUGGAAAAUAUUAUUUGCUGAAGACUGAACUGAAUGAUACAAAAUUGAAACUCUUAUUCUCCAGUUGCCAUGCAAAGUUUGAAAUUGAAUUCUCUUUAUCUGCCGACUACCCUGUGACCCCAGUAGCUUUUGCCAUCCAGAAAUGCACAGGCAAUCUUACCCAAGAAGAAAUUUCUGUAGUUUUGUCCAGUAUCCCAGUGGGAGCCAACUACUUAAGGAGAACAGUCAAACAAAUUAGUGAGAGUCUGCUCCACUGCCCUUCUUCAACAGUCUGCAAAAAGCAAAGAGCAGCUCUCAGAUAGUGCAUUCUGUCUCUGCAGCACUGAAAAAAGUCUUACAUGAACUGCCAAAUGUCAUCAAUAUUUCAGUGAUCAAAUCUUUGUUUACACACUCAAUAAGCAUAAAUACUCCAACAAAACCUAUUAAAAAUUGUAUAUAGUUUAUUUUUUUCUCUCUCGCCUUCAUGUAUUGUCCACUGCAGCCUGUGACUGCCUUUUAUUUCUGGGAAUCUAGUUCUACUAAAACAAAAUAACAUUGCAGUUCUACUCCAGUGGUUUAAAUAAUUAUCAAAGUUCACAUACGGCAGUUAAGGGGUAUUUUAAGGCUUAUAAGUUUUUAUUUUAUAAACCAUUACAGCAUGAGGUAAAUUAAAUGGUACUUCCAGUGGUUUGUAAGAAAUAUGGAGUUUUAAUUUGAAAAAUAACUAAAAUUUAGCUGUGUUUGUAGUAUGUUCUAAGGUUAAUUCAAAUUGAUGUGCCUCCCUCCAUGUUGAAUAUGUAAAAUUUCUACUAUUGUAGUGAAACAGCCAGAAUUUUCCACUGUCCGCUGUCAAUAAAUGCUUUAUGUAUGUACA